CUUUUCUUUUCAACACUAUGAGUCCAACUGCCCACGAUAACCCUAUGCAAGUACAACACACCACAUCAAUCCCAUUUUUUGUUUUCAAAACUAACUUCGAUUAUUAGCCUUCAUAGUGGAAAGAGAAAAGCUAUUGACACACACCAUAUACCUUUCCUUAUUGACGGUCUUGAACCUAUCGAACCUCAGUCACGCCUUAACAUAGUCAAGAACAAGGCACAAUCAAAACCAUCCAUAUACGAUGAUACAACACCCAAAAGGAUGGUGGUGGAACUGAUUGACUUGUAUUAUCCGCCAUUGAUUUGUCCCGAUUGCAUUCAUGUAAGCAGAGCCAAAUUAGAGGCAGAAGAUCAUUUAAAGACCAAGCAUCAGGGCAUGAAAUUAUUUCAAUGCCUUGCACCUCAAUGUCAACAUAACUAUAAAUCAAAAGGUGGGCUCAAAUAUCAUUUGGAGCAUGCUCAUCAAGUCAGUAGUCGUCACUCUCCAAUCAAAAGUGACAUACCAGUACAAGAACAGAAAGAAAAACCUCAAAAGCGACUAAAACGACUUGAACUAUCACCACGACUUACACAGCUAUUAAAUGAUGCAUAUUCUCCUACUACAUGCCCAGCCUGUCAUGUCGAAUUCAAGAAAAAGACACAUGUGAUACAUCACUUGGUGGAAGCUCAUCAAGGCCAAGAACCUUAUCAAUGUAUUGUUAAAGAAUGCAAACGUACAAAAGCAUAUGCUACUCGUGAAGGUCUAAUUUAUCAUUUGAUGAACUAUCAUGAUCAAUAAAAAUAACAAAAGAAGAGU